AUGAAGGAGUGUAGUUCAGACCAUCCAAAAUCACCUGAAACCAAUUUCAGCGCUCUUCCCUUUAGCACUCAUUCCUCUUCUGGUCGAAUAGUUAUUGUAAAAUUAGGAGGAGCGGCGAUCACUAACAAAAGCGGCCUUUGCGAUUUCCCCGUUGAUGAAGAAAGAGACAAUCAUACAUAUUCACAAAUUGCUCUUGCAUACAAGAAGCUCCUAGAAAAAGGGUUCAAGCUAAUUCUUGUACAUGGGGCAGGUAGUUUUGGUCAUCCACAAGCCAAGGAAUAUCGUUUGAAAGACGGUUGGGCUGCAAAUUCUUUUUCAUCAACGGUAACUUCCUCCUACAUCAAAGAUACCAGUACCUUAAAACCACCGUCUUCUUUCUACAGAAAAGGGUUUAGUUAUAUUCGCUGUUGCUUACAGAAGUUGAAUCACCAUGUUGUAGACCAACUGCAAAAGCAUGAUGUACCUGUUCUUUCCAUACCUCCUAUCGAUUACAUUGAGGAACUGUCAGAUUAUAACGGAGAACACGAAGACGUUACUGAUCAAGUAUUUAUACCCAUUAUAAAGCGUGUACAGAAGUAUUUAAAAUUGGGAUUUGUUCCAGUCUUACAUGGAGAUGCAGUUUUCGACCGAGUCAGAGGAUGUACGAUUUUAUCAGGUGAUGCAAUUAUUUAUCAAUUGGCUAAACAUAUACCAGAGGUUCAAAGAUGCGUAUUUCUUACUGAUGUGGAUGGGGUGUUCAAAUAUGACCCCAAAAUAGUGAAGGAGGAAAACGAAAAUGUUUUAUAUCAUCUUAUUACUGUAGAAGAAGACGAAACAAGCAAGUCAGUAAGAGUGUUCGACGUGACAGGAGGAAUGGAUGGGAAAAUCCGUUGUGCAAAACAGAUUUCCCUUAUAAAAAGGAUCUAUAGUCAGCAAGAACAAUUAUCGAAACAAUGGGUAGAGACUGUUAUAUGUAGGAUAGGUUCCGUAGCAGCAUAUCAAAUGAUGACAUUGACAGAUAUCGAUUUAAGCUGUGAGAAUCAGCAGAAAAUGACAGUUUUUACUGUUUGA